UAAACCGUCGAUGUAUAGAAACAAUCAACGAUUACUCAAAAAGACUUAUGAAUGCAAAUCAAUGGCUUAUGAUUUUAUACACGAUUUGGUGUAUAUAGGAGUCGCUAAAGGUAUCGAAGUGUUUACUAUUGGCCACAAUCUGUACUCAUAUGAUGUGGUCAUUCAUAAUGAAUAUCAUAAUUCAUAUGAUGUGGCGGUCGACCCUAACAAUGGACUACUUGUAUGGUCUCAAACGAAGUAUACGUUAGUCUCAUAAGAAUAUAUGGGAAGCAUAAUGCGUGCCAAUCAGGACGGCUCUAACAUACAGGUGCUCUAUAAUAGUACGGGAAAUAUUAAAACAUUAACACUCGACAUACGCUCACAAUUGGUUUAUUGGAUCGAUACAGACGCCCUUUUUUUGAAAUCAAUCACUUACUCAGGGACUUAUUACCGGUUAAUAAAAGAUAGUUCCCAGUUUAGUUCUGCAUUUUCUAUGGAUAUGUUGGGGAAAACAUUUUUUGGUCCAAUUCUGGUACCAAUUCUAUAUAUAUAACCGAUAUUACCGAAAGGGAAGGUGAGGAGAUGUUGAUCACGUCGUACGCAGAUUUACAGGCUAUCCGUGUCCUCGACCCUAACCGACAAAUCAAUGGCACAAAUAGGUGUCUCAAUCAUGAAUGUUCGCAACUCUGUCUACCCGUCCAACAUUACUACCGUUGUGUUUGCACUAAGGAUCGGAUUCUGUGUAAAGAGAAUGAAACAUUAGUACUGCAAACAAAUGACACGAAUCUUAUAGAGAAUACAACCGAUGAUAGUAUGGGAAGGAUAUCACAAAAAUUGGAUUCUUUGCUGAACACGACUAGUAAUGCCACCAACUAUUGGAUUAUUAUAGCAGUGAUUAUCAUAUCUAUUAAUUUACUGCUAAUCGGUAUCUAUUUUUACCGCAAAAUCAAAGCGUAA